AUGGGCGACUCUUCCCAACCUCGAACCAUCUACGGUCCUCCUCGCCUCCUCGACAUCCAAACCACCGUCCCCGACCCGCGAAUCCUCUUUAUGAAAAACGUCUCCAUCCCUCUCAAAUCCUCCCCGUUUCCCAUCCGCGCCAACAUCUACCUCCCAAAGUCAUGUACCUCCUCGCCCGGCCUCGAUGUCAACGAACCCCAACCCGAGGUCCAAUCCAAGAAAUACCCAGUCAUAGUAACCUACGGCCCAUACGGGAAGGACAUCCCCUACUCUUCAUUCCACCCGGGCUCCUUCGCCGAGGUCAACGCCGAGCAGCGGUCCGAGUUCUCCGCCUGGGAGACGCCCGAUCCGGUGUACUGGUGCAAGCAAGGGUAUGCGGUGGUGCGGGCGGACGAGCGCGGGACGGGACAGAGCCCGGGGCUGCUGGAUACGAUGAGUAAGGAUACGAGUGAUGCUUUUUGUCAAGUGAUUGAAUGGUGCGCGGAUCAGGAGUGGUCGAAUGGGAAGGUGGGGUUGUUGGGGGUUUCUUAUUAUGCUGGUUCGCAAUGGCGAGUCGCUGCUCGUCGACCAAAAGGCUUAGCGGCCAUCAUCUCUUGGGAAGGCAUGUCUGACUACUACCGUGAUCGGUGUCGACAUGGCGGAAUUCUUUCCAACAACUUCAUUGAUAUUUGGUGGAACCGGCAGGUGCUGGUUAAUCAGUAUGGUCUGCCCGGCCGCUCCAAACUGAAGUUCCCACCAGACGGACCCGGCGCCAGGGGACAAGAAGACACGAUCGAAGGUGACCUAUCCGAGGAACAGUUGGUAUCAAACAGGAACGAUCAGACCAAAGACAACGAGGCGCAUCGGUUCCGCGACGAAGACUAUUAUGCCAGUAAGGAGUAUCGACUUGAGGACAUCGAGGUUCCUGUGCUGAGCGUGGCGAACUGGGGCGGUAUCACGCUCCAUCUGCGCGGUAACGUGCUGGGUUAUACGUACGCCGGGUCGAGAUUCAAGUAUCUGCGUUUCAUCACUGGUCGACACGAUCUUCCGUUCUACUACAAGGAGCAGGUUGAACUUCAAAAGAGCUUCCUUGAUGCCUUUCUCAAGGGAGAAGAUAAGGUCGGCUGGAGUGUCCCUAAUAAAGUCUCUCCGAUCGAGGUAACGCUGCGCAAAGGUAAUAUUGGGUUCAACGAUGCAAAGAAAGAGAAAGCGUACGAGAAACGGAGUGAGGGCCAAUGGCCGCUUUAUUCGACAGAGUAUACAGACUUCUACCUUGGGUCCGAUCACGCCCUCUCCCGGAACAAGCCAGACCCAACUAAGCCAGAGCAAAUCGGAUACAAAGCUCUCGGGAGCCUGGACAAGCCUGAGUUGGUCCAGUUCGUCACAGCACCCUUCGAGAAAGAGACCGAGAUAACCGGCCAUAUCGUGGCACACUUGAAUGUCUCGGUGACGCCUGAGAACACGCAGAACGAGGCAGACAUUGACCUCUUCCUGACCAUUCGCCAUAUCGACCGUUCGGGGAACGAAGUGUUCUACACCGGAACGGCGGGUGACCCCGUCCCUGUCUGCAAAGGCUGGCUCCGAGUGAGCAACCGAAAGGUCCACGAGGAAAAUCCCAAGCACAAGCCAUGGCUCCCUUUUAGAGAGUACUUCUCGACCGAUGUUCUCCCCGUGAAGGCUGGAGAGGUGUACGGCGUUGACGUUGAGCUCUGGCCAACCAACGUAGUGGUGGGCGUAGGUGGUAGGAUUUUGCUCGAGGUUUCCAGUGGUGACACGCAAGGAGCUGGGAUCUUCCAGCAUAACUCCGAUACAGACAGACCCGCUUCGAAAUUUGCUGGCCAGAAUCAUAUCCAUUUCGGAGAAGGCUUUGACAACUAUGUCACACUGCCCAUAAUCCCGGAACACAUCUAG